AUGGUUGAGAUCCUGGCUCCGUACAUAGAGUUUGCGAUCGGCAGAAACAGCCACAUACAAGACGAGCUACUCGCCUGUCGUCGUUCCACAAAGACUCAGGCAGACAUGUCAUACUCGCCCCAGCAGACUAUCGGCACAGGACAGAGACUUGGGCAGCAGGGAGACUUGCUUGUCAUCAGAAAGGACCGGCUGAAGGCAUUACCUGAAGAUCCAAGCGAUGCUCCUUGGUUACAGAAAGCACCAAACCCGGGAGAGAUGGACCACAACCUAAACGACUCUGAACAGGCCACUGCCGAUGCUAUCAAGGCAGCUUAUUGCGGUGCUAGGCUCAUCUAA